GGACUAUAGUUUGAAAAAGCAAGGAACUAACUUCGAAAACUUGAUAGAUUGCAUACGUUCAAUUCAAAGGAAUCAUUUUCAUUGAUUUUGAUAAUUUCAUUCUAACGGGAGGAGCUGGAGCUCAACCACAAUUAACCUGAAAACUGUACCUACCCAGCAAAAGCAUUACACACGUCCGCAAAGGCAAAAAUCGCCUCAACUCCUGCAUUAGUAAAGUAGUGAUACAUCAUUUAGAAGAUGUGUUGUAAAGACGGAUUAUCUCUGUAGACGAUUUUCUCAUUACCCUUCUACUAGCCCUGCUAUUUGUUGUCGUAUUUAUUUAAACGUUUCAUGGCAUGGGAUGAGACCAGGACAUCUUUAUACUAGAUUUGAAUUUGAUGGUCGUUACGAGUCGUGCUGAUUUUUAUCUUCAAAAGUCAGUAUCAGAAUACAUUCAUAGAUAACCGAGAAUCCUUACAGUAAUAAUUUAGAGUAGAAAUUAGCCUUAUAUUCGCUCUGACGGUACAGGUCACCCUGUGGACGGCGAGUCAAGAACUCCUAUCCUGUUAACACCUCUUUAACCACAUACGAGUAGAUAGGAUCUUACCCUAAAAAGUGGAUAGAAAGAUAGGAGUUGACUGUAUAGGAUAGGCUUAGCAUUAGUAGGAUAGGAUAUCGUACUAUAGAGUAGAUACGAUCAGAAGAUACUACUAUGUAUCCUAACACCUCUAUCUUCAACUCCGCCUUCUGAUCUGACCCUAUCAACUACAAGAUGUCGGCCUCUGUCCGUGUGAUGGCUACCGGUCUUGGCCUCUUUGAGGCAACCUUCGCAGCUGCCUCUACUUUCGCUGCUGCUUCUAAAAAGAGCGCUGCUUCUAAAAAGGAUGCUGUUUUUCCUAAACCUUUGCCAGUGGGUCUAGUCACUCCACCUGCUGCAUCUACGUCUGCUGCAUCUACGUCUGCUGCUUUGGGUGGACCAAGAACUGCGGCUCCAUCUGGAGGAACGGUGAAUCAACAUCUUGUCCCAAAAGCUGAUGAAACUAUUUUCGAACAGGGUUUGCUAGAGCGUGCUGCGACACUAGAGGACGAGGACGAUACGGAGGUUGCAGAGAAAAUCUGGUGGAUGCCAAUUAGCUGGAUCUUGCAUGCCAGAAAUGACAUUAACCCGCAUUUUUCGAAAGCACUCAAGGGCCGCGUAAAAGGGAAGGGAGGUCCCUCCAAGAAUAUUGAGGGGAAAGACUUCAGCAGGCAGAGGUUCGAGGAAUUUUCUGUACUCGAUACUGCGGAAGCAGUCGCCACAGAGACCGUUGCAGUUAAGGAUGGGGCCACUAAAAACUCAUCUCUUCAUCUUCUGUAGGGAUGACCCCUCAAGAACAGUAUGCCUCCCAACACAAGAACAAGGGACGAGAUAUUGGCGCAUAUUCUUGAGGGAUUUCCACAGGGAAGAUGAAUUGGGGAGAUUUCUAACGCAGCGAACGUCAAGAGGUUCGCAAAAGCGGACGCCAAGGACAAGACCGCUUUCGCACAUUUGAGACCAGUUCACCGUUUUCUGCGCCAACUUAUUGUGACCGUAACGCCUUUGUGCGGUCACGAGGGUUUGCAGAAUUUGGGACACCACGUGAACACAAAGUACCCGUACAAGAUAUUCAGCGAUAGCGAAGGCCUUUUUAAGAAGGAGAUGCUCUCGGACGAUCUGUGGAGAUUGAUUGAAGAAGUAUGUGUCCCAGGAAAUCCCUAUCAAGGAUGGUUUUAUGUAGCUCAGAAUAGCCGUCGUCUGGCUAUGUUCCAGACGGUCCUGAAGUAUCUCAAACUCGCGUACGGGGAAGAGGUUGCUGCAGGAGGUAUAUUGUUUUGACAUUUAUUAACACUUUUUAGUUUUAGCAGAUUUAGGAGGAUCGUACUUGAUGAUAUUGAUAAUUACUUACUCUUUUCUCUUUUCUAUCUUCCUCUACUGGUCUUUGUUUUUUCUAGUUACGUCGGCUCCACCACAAUUUAUUUGCACAAUCUUACAGUCUUAGGUUAUCUAGUAUGGAUCACGAUCAUCCUGCACAUUUUCGGUUAGGUUAGAUCAUGGAUUCUGCACAAAAUGUUUAACAAGUUACAACAUUUUAGAUAAUUAUUCACACUCAAUCAUUCAUAAGUAAGAUUCAUAUCACACUCAUAAGUAAGAUAAAGGUUCAUACCUUGUGGUCAAAUUGAUUCCUUCACUUCAAUGAAUUAGAGAGGCUACACCCCAUCUCGACAGAUAACUUCCAAGUCCCGGUGAGGAUGCUGUAUGUUUCGAAAUUUCGCCUCGCCGUGGAUGUGAUUGCGUUUACGCUUCGUCACUAUCGUUACACUGCGUCGGGAGGACCUCAAGGUGCUGUCGCUGGGAGAACACCAGAUGUUCUUCCGAAGAAGCCGAGUGACGUGGCGAAAGUAAAUACUGUUGGUAGGAACGUACAGAUCGACGAAAAGUACGAGAUUUUUUACGAUGUUGAGGUGGAACCCGCCAAGGAUAAUGUCUUAAGACCAGAACUUGCUUUAACCGAAGCGGAAAGAGGAGAAGCAGAAGCGCAA